CGAGUAACAGCGCGUCCCCGCAGCUUGACGGGCGAUAAUUUGGAUAGUUUGUCAAUCAGGAAUUCCUUUGAGAACAACUCUGGAUUAUUUUAAACGUGUGGACGACUCGACAUCAAGUAUUUUUGGUCAGCAAUGGAUCCCAACACCACUAAUGGGUUUUCGUGACUUGUUGCAGGAGCUGCAGCGGGUUCCGGUGGAGAUAUUUUGUUCUGUCAGGAAGUUUGACGUAUUCGGUUGAAGACCGUUUCUUGGUUUGUUUUUGUUGUGAAAAGUCGCGGGCUAGCUAACUCUAUCGCCAUUAACCCUGGAAAAUACGUUAUAUUAUAACCUUGGUUAAGCAUGACUUGUUAAACAUUCUUAUUUUAGAGUUUGAUAAGUCUUUUUAAGGAUUAUAAUCAGACAGUAUUCCUCUAGUGGUUCUUAACGGUUGCUUUUACUUUUUCUGAAACGUCUCGACUGAGUCAAAACUAUCGCGUCGCACGUUGAAUAUAUUUUAUCAUUACAUGUUCGUUAGGCCAGUAGGGCCUUUGGAGUGUUUUAUGUUAGGAGGCGACAUAUAUAUAAUACUGAACUCUCUAUCUGUUCUCAAUAAUAUAUUGAAGUAAAAUUAGGCAACAAAGAAAAGGGAAAUCUGAAGUUUUAUCAGGAAGACAGGCUCUUAUAAUCACGGAAACUACUGUUUUCCCUUUGGAGAGCUCAGGAAUGGAUUUAAUAAAAGCUACAAGGCAACUGUUACACCACAUUUGGUAGAUUUUUAUCUUUUUUAUAUAUAUAUAUAAGUUUCAGCUUAAAGCCUAAAAAAAAAAAAAUCAUGUUUUGGAAAUUCAAGUUUUCCAAAGACCCGAGGCUGCAGCGGCCUCAGCAGGAACAGUUAGAUUUAAUGCUUUCUGUAUAGAAAGAUAUUGUGUUUAUCUUACAUUUUCUGAAAGAUACCCUUAUAGACUCUGUUAGUGCGUUAGUGAGUUAAAACUCUGUGAAAGAGGACAACAUCCUCCCCCAUAUUUGGGGGUGUCUAUCCCCUGCAUGCCGCCGUCACUCUCACACCCUCUCACGGGUGUUUUGGUCUGACCAAGGACGUCGAUGGACGUCUGCUCCUCCAGGACACUGUAUCCCUCUACCAUCCAGAGACGCAGGUGACUGGGUCCCCUACAAACGAAUCUGGAUCAUUUUACCUGAGAUUACAGGGUGUGGGUGGUCCGGCACUUCAGAAGCAUCAGUCUAAAGGCUGCUUUGUGGACCACGCACGCACUACGCUGCCAAAAUGAAUGAGAGGCAGGCUCUCCACUCCAUCAUGAAAGACCUGGUUGCCCUUCAGAUGACUCGACGACAGCCGGUGUUUUCCUACGACAGCGGAAAACCAAAGACACUGGCACAGGUUAACAGACAGGAUGAUGUCAGGAUAAAGUUUGAAUACUCGGGAGAAAAAAGGAUCUUGGUGUUUGGAAGGCCUGUGCAAUUUGAGGAAAUUCAGGAAAAAGUAAAGAGUAUCUUUGGCCAGAAGCUUGAGCUCCAUUAUAUGAACAAUGAGAUGUCGAUUCCUCUACGAGGUCAGGAUGACCUGGAUAAGGCAGUAGACCUGCUUGACAGAAGCUCCUGUAUGAAAAGUAUCAGGAUAAUGCUUCUUUCUCAAGAGCUCAGCAAUGCGUCCUCCAACUCUCACCAAUUGUCAUGUAAGCAGGUGAGGAUUAAGGCCUCCCACUCCACUGGAGAUGUUAGUACAGCGUACCAACCCUCUGAACCCAGAGGGCGCCACCUAUCAACAGGUUCCCAGAACACGGGACGAAGUUCCCCUCCUCCUGGAUACGUCCCUGAGCGUCAGCAGAGGAUUGCCCGACAAGGUUCUUACACCAGCAUCAACAGUGAGGGGGAGUUCAUCCCAGAAACCAGCGAUCAGUGUGUUUUGGAUCCCUGGAGCAGUGCAGAGAAUUCAGUUUCUGGAAGCUGUCAGUCUCUGGACAGCAACUCAGAAAGCCCAUCAAUGAGGAAGUCUCGCAUGCACAGAGCCAAGAGUUACCCAGAUAACCGGCAAGAGAUAUCAGACCGGGAGAAUCAUGUGUAUGACAGGGUAGCAGGAAAGGGAGGCACCUACCCUCGCAGGUACCAUGUUUCCCUGCAUUACAAAGACCACAGUGAAGGUCGUCGAACAUUUCCGCGCAUCCGUCGUCCCCAGGGAAACCUGUUUACUCUGGUGCCCUCACGACGAUCGCUUAAUGGCAGUGAAGAGAGUCUAGGAAGCAGGCAGCAGUUGGACCUACAAGGCAGGCUGCGUCCACAUGAACGUUCUGUUGCCCACAAGUCACCCAGCGCCCCGGUGACGUGGCGUCGGGGGAAGCUUUUAGGCCAGGGGGCUUUCGGUCAGGUCUACCUCUGCUAUGAUGUGGACACUGGGAGAGAACUGGCUGCCAAGCAAGUCCAGUUUGAUCCUGAAAGUCCUGAGACAAGCAAGGAGGUAAGUGCUUUGGAGUGUGAAAUCCAGCUUCUAAAAAAUCUGCAUCACGAGCGCAUCGUUCAGUACUACGGCUGUUUGAGGGACCACAAUGAGAAAAAGCUCACGAUCUUCAUGGAGUACAUGCCAGGGGGUUCAGUCAAAGAUCAGCUGAAGGCUUAUGGGGCUCUGACAGAAAAUGUUACUCGGAAAUACACUAGACAGAUUCUGGAAGGAAUGUCGUAUCUGCACAGUAACAUGAUUGUACACCGAGACAUUAAAGGUGCCAACAUCUUGCGGGAUUCAGAGGGAAAUGUGAAACUUGGAGAUUUUGGUGCCAGUAAAAGGCUGCAGACCAUCUGCAUGUCUGGGACCGGCAUCCGAUCUGUGACCGGCACCCCCUACUGGAUGAGUCCAGAGGUGAUCAGUGGAGAGGGCUACGGCAGGAAAGCUGAUGUCUGGAGCCUUGGUUGCACCGUGGUUGAGAUGCUCACAGAAAAGCCCCCAUGGGCAGAAUUCGAGGCCAUGGCAGCGAUAUUCAAGAUCGCCACCCAGCCGACCAAUCCGCUGCUCCCACCACGUGCCUCUGACCAGGCUCGGGACUUUAUCCGCUGUAUCUUUGUGGAGGCAAAACACAGACCAAGUGCAGAGGAGCUGUUAAGGCAUCCUUUCUCCCAAAUACAGUGCUGAGUAGUGCUUCAACCCUGAACUGAAGUGUAGCACUGGAGCCUUAAUGGGCAAAGCAUUAGCAGUGUUUGAUGCACCUAUCACCGUUAUAUGCUUUAAAGGAGACACAGUCUUCAACACACAAAAACUCUUAAAGCUCACUUUCUUUCCUUUUAUUUCCAGCAUGUGCUGUUCCAAGAGUUUCCACAAGGGGGAAAUAAAUAUUUACUUAUGAGGCUGCUCAUCCUGACAGAAAACUCACUUCAAAGGAAUCAUUAUGGAGUCACGGUUCAUGCACCAGUUGUGACGAUUCCUGUUUACAUUUAUUUCUUUUGCAGUAAAAAAAAAGUCCAUGGAAUCCUUUUAUUUUUCAACAUUCAAACCAAAAGUUAUGCACUGUUGCCAAAGAGUUUCUCUGCAACAAAAUGUUCUUAAACUCUGGAAGAUUCUUUAAGCUACUUCCGAUUUCUUGUUUUAAGCAUAUCCAGAUCAAGACACAUUAAGGUAUUAAACCCAGUAAGCUUUUCUUUGUAAUGUGUCCUAAAUAAGGCAACAUGUACCAAAGCUAGUGGGAUCAGUUAUUAAUUCUAUGAAUUAUUAUUACAUUACUGUUGACAAAACCAAUUUUCUAUACCUUCUUACUGUUUGUAGCAUUGCUUCAGAAAUGAAGGGGUUUUGCCAUUUCUAAGAAACAUAUCUGUCUAUCAGUGGCAAUAGGAUCAUUGUUAUUUAUCUGACAAUGGCAGAAAUGUCAGAUUUAAGAUUUUGAUUAAAAAGAAAAAAGUAUUUAUUUAAAAGUGUUUUUACUUUUUGACACAAGCAUAAUUCGAUUAUGUGAUCAAAUGGAGUCUUACAAUAAUUUUUUUAAAUGCACAAACUGCAAAAUACACAAUGGAUCUCAAAAGUGCAUUGGUUAAUGACAGUUUUUUUUUUUAGGACAUAACCGUUAUCACCCUUAAAGGUAUAGUGGAGGACUUUAGCAAAUUUUGAAAAGACCCGCUUUCUCCACUUUAAAAAACAAAUGCACAUGCACAACCCUGUACGGGUACAGGGUUUUAUUAAGCGCGUGAGAAAGCAUGCACGGGCCCAUUCCUCCUCAAGGAUGUGCGGAGACGCAAUGAUAAGACAGUUGCUUGGAUGGAUCUCAUCUCACCUUUAUUUAUUCAUAAAAUUUUACCCACAAAUAAGACUACUGGUACAUUAAAAAAACCGUGACAUGCUUCUAUAUGUGUGUGUGUGUGCUGCAGGGGACAUUUGGACAUGUUUGCAGGAUAAAAAAAUAUCUUUGGCCAUCCUAUAACUACUAAUGAUGCAAAUUACAAAAUAAGUUAUCUUCCCUGGAAAGUUACAAUAUAGAGGUAGAUAACUUUUAUUAGCAGUAAUGUGAAAUUAAUUCCUCCAAAUAGCAUGCCAAAUUUUACCUGUCGAGUAGAAACUUUGCAACCAAGGCAUCGGUGUGGCAUCACGCCAUCGCCUGAAAGAAUCUCAAAAAAACACUCUGGUCUUGUUUCUCUCUUCAGAUGCCUUUCUCCUCUUCUCUUACACUUCGUUGACACUUUUUCUC